UGAUCAUAGUUUUGUGGGUCUGUCAGCCAGUUUGUUGUCGAUCGUUGCUAUAUGCGUUUGUGCGCGCCCAGUUCGUCCCCGUAGCUAGCCGUCCGCGUGGCCUGCCCGAAGCCUGCUCCUUCCGCGUAGCGUGUGCGUGUGCGUAUUCAGUGGGGGUGCGAGGACCCGAACAAGGAUUCAGGGGGUGGCAGCUAGAACGUAUACCCCCCCCAGUUUGGAAUUAAGUUUUGGGUGCGAUCGAUCGAAAAGCAUUCACAAGAUGCAUGGAGAACCGUUUCGCAGCAGCUUGGAGUAACCCAGUUUUCCGUUGACCUACUUCGGAACCUGUUCAAGUGCGAGGUGCGACCCAUAGAGAAUGGGAAUGCUGGAAGCGUUGGGUUGAGAUUGACCUAGUGACGUGUGAUUGAUUGAAAGAUACCGGAGGGUACGGUCUGAUAAUUUUGAUAAGAGAUAUUGACCUCAGUGAGAAGUGAAGAAGUGCAUAGUGAGUUGGCAAGCAUUUCUGGAAAACGCAGCGAAGUUUUAUAGGUCAAUACAGAAGUUAGCAGGUGUUGAUCAGUAGAAUCAACACUCGAGUAACAGCAAGUAGAGCAAGAACUUGGAUAAUUUCCGAGUGGUGAAACGAUUGAUGAAUGUUGAAAAAAAAGGUGUCAAGUCGCAGUAGUGGAAGAAAACUUGAAAACUAUCUCACUCUAGUGGAUUGACCUAGAUUUAGUCGAACGAGUGGAGUCGAAGUCUCUCGGCUAGCACGAGGCAACGUCAUCACGGCUGGAUUAGUGGAAGCAGCGUUCGCCUUGAUCGUGAUUUUCCAUUCAUUGAGAGUUGCCGCGUCGAAGCGUGAGAGAAAUUGAGAGAAGUGGAAGAAAGUUUUCGUGCUGCGUAGUGUGGAGUUGUGGUGGCCCAAUAGGGUUGGCACGUUGCGUGUGAAAUAAUUUGAAUUCGCUACCUUUCCGCAACGGCAAUAGUGACACAAACCGAAGGUGUAUCAAAACGAAGAACCCAAUAACGACAGCGACAAUAAUAACAACAACAGAACCAGCAGUUUGUCGGUAAUGCAUUUAUGAAUGCAGAUGACCCGGAUAUUAAAAAUACUGAGACUACACGCUAUUGUUGCGAUUUGCAUUUAAUUGUGUCAAAGCAAACUGACGUGCUGCGCUUCCGUGGGGAUAUGUGUUAAUUAGAUUUGCGCGCAGAGUGCAAAGAAGAAAGGAAUCAAAGAGGAAACGCCGAUAGCCGUGAGAGCAGUAGUCAGUGAGUGAAAAUAGAAAAAAAAAUUGUACACGACCAGUGAUCUAAUUAAAUACCGCACCUCGCAGCAGGAGUCUGUCUGCGAUGCCAAUGGUGAAAUUGGAGAAAGAGAGUGAGAAGAAUUAAAAAUGUAUUGAGGUGAACCUAAUGAGAGCAAAACAACUAACCAGUGUGAACUGUGUGACAGCAUUGAUCUAGAUCGAAUGAUGAGUUCAAAAAACAACCGAAAGUGAAAAGUGAUAAAUAGUGAAGCAAUCAAUGAAGUGUUGAAAACUGAUGCAGAAUCAAUUUCAAAAUUGAGAAAUACUUUGUACAUUACUAGGCCAGAUUUGGACAUCCCCGAAAAAUAUUUCUGUGGUUUCCCCAAAUUAUUGACGCCUAUCUAUACCUACCUGUUGGAUCAACUCAUUUCCGGCUAGUAGAGGAUUCCUUUUCGGUUUUUCUUCUCUUAGUAGUACCAUGUGCCAGUUAUACGGAUGAAGUGCAAAGAUGAUCCCAGUUUUCCCUAACAGGUCUGGCCAUGCACUCCCGGAUACCGCUCCUGACGUCGGUCACUUUCUUUAGGAUCCCAUGAAAGUAAAUUUGAGUUGAGAAACCGCCACUGCUUUCGGAAACCGGAGGAAUUUCACCUAACACAAACAGUGAUAGAAAAUAUCAAACGAACAAAACGAAAAGCUCGACCAUCCGAUGGUCAACCACAUGAUGAGUGCGCAAAAUGAAUCCGAGGUCGAGAGCCUGCUGAUGAGUCCCUGCUGGAAUCAAUCGAGCAGUGUUCAGGACCAGUACCUUCUCGAUGGAGAGAAGUUGCUACUGGACACGGAUUUGGAAUCGCUUCCGAGUGAUUCCGAAACGCAGAAAAACUCCAUGGAUGUGCUGGAGAAUCUGCUGCUAAACUCGACCUCGAUCAGCAAUAGUUCUAGCAACGAUGGGGACGUCAAGCCGCUGCCCUCGUUUACCUCCUUCAAUACGGGUCAUUUGUCGAUCAAUGGCAUCUCGGGGUACUCCUAUACGGCGAUUGCGCACCGGAUGCCAGAGGAGAACAACAACUAUCCGCAGAACGCGUUCUCGAAUGGGACGAACAGUGGGAGCAACGGCGACAACAAUAUCGUGUCUUCAUCCACCUGUCUUCCCGAUUCGGUGCUGAACCCGGACGGGAACGGAGCAGACAGCUGUCUGCAGGAUGUGAAGUUGUUCUCGGACAGUUCAAUCGACGGGAAGAUCUACUCGGCCACUGCAGAUGGGUGCGUGAUAAGUGGGGCGGAUUCGGUUUCUGCUGCGAAAAUUUUCGUCGAUUCCAAAGAACUGUCCGAGUACGACAUGAGCUCGAUAGAAGAUAUAGCAGCGAUAAUCGGGUCGGCCAUCGCGGACACAACCGUACCGAAUAAAGUCGAGAAAGAAGACGGAAAUGACACGAGGGAUUCGUGGAUGGAUUUGGAUGCAUGGAUUGAAGGCACGUGUACGACGCCAGACAGCAAACUGAUCGUCUCCCAACAGGACUCCCUCAGUGAACUGAUCCUACCUCACUCUCCGGGACACUCGUCCGGGUCAACGUUGCAGAGCUUGCUGACACACACUUACAUGCCCCUGCUACAGAACCGAUUACAGAAUGGGCCACCGAUCAAAAUUGAGACGCCCACGUCGACAUCGUACUGUGGCGAACUGAUAUCGACUUCAACUAGUCCUCCAGGCUCGGUAGUGUCUACAACCGAGAACCUGAUUCUUAACGGAAGGUACCUGCAAAAUCAUCAAAAUGCUCAUUUUGCUCUCAGCAUGGGCCUCAAAGCGGAUGGCCUGUGUAGUCCCGAGCUGAUAGGCAACUUCCCGCAUACCACUACCACGACCCCAACGACACCAAAAAACAAACGAAGACCUCAUAAACAGACCAAAACCAACGGUCACGGUCACCAAGUGCACCAAGCUCAAUCCCAACAAGCGCAACAGCAAUCGUCUUCCUUACACCAGCAGCAACUAUCGGCGGUGGCUGCAGCAGCUGCUGCGGCGGCAGCCGCUCAGUCGCAGGCAUCCCUCAACUUCGCCGGAGCCAGCGACCUUCUACUCGGUAAGGACAAACCCGUUCAUAGGUGUAACAUCUGUAAUCGGGGGUUCCUGAACAAGAGUAAUAUCAAGGUUCACCUGCGGACGCAUACCGGCGAGAAGCCCUUCCGCUGCGAAGUGUGCGCCAAAGCCUUCCGGCAGAAAGCUCACCUCAUCAAGCACCAGCAGAUACACAAACGAAUCGGGAGGGAUUGACCAUUAGCAGCAGUGGUGGUAUCGACGACCUCCAACGGUUCCGGAUCCGGUCCGGGCCGGAAAAGGUCUAGUGCCGCUUACUGCGUCCAAAACAACAAUAACAACAACACCAACAUCAGUUCCCUGAACGACCACCUCAACGGAAACCCAGUCCAUCAUCAUCUCCAGCAGCAGCAACAGCAGCAGCAGCAACAACAGCAACAACAGCAGCAACAGCAGCAUCAACAACAUCAGCAACACUCUCAACAUCAACUUUUAGCGAAUGCGUUGGGAGUUUCCGCGAAUGGCGUUGGUGUGGUGGAGCUGGCAGGCGAUGCCAGUGUGAGUAAAAAGUUUCGGUUCGUGCCGUUUGUGUGACAGUGAGCUACCGGUGGGGAGCCACUCCGGAACUGGAAGACCGCUCUGCGGCCAGCCGAGCGAGAUUCGCUCGCUCGGGAGGCGGUCUCUAAAGGUGUACCUCAUGUUUAGCGUUUUAUAGCUUUUCAUUUGAUUUUGAUCUGUCCUAGCGCUGUUUUCCUUAAAUUUUCAUUUGUUGUUUUGUUCGAUGGGCACUGGAAAUGGUUUAGAAGGGUUGGCGGGAGGGUAUUGUUUUGUACGAAGAAUUUUUGACCAUUACCAAAAUUUUAUUAUUAUAGCUGGACACAGAUUGAAUUAGGUAUCCUUUUGUAUCCUGUGCGUACUAAGUGAGCAAGUCAUGAUAUCAUAGUUGCAAAAUAAAUUAAACAGUUUUAUGGACAUGACAACAAAACUCUCCCUAGGCAGAUUCAUCUAUCGCUUCAGACUCUGUUGAUCUAUGCAAUGUUGCACGAUAAUAUGAAAAUUGCUGAAACAUGAUUUAUUGGCAAGAACAAUCAUGAGAAGUAAGUUAGACAGUACCAUCUUGGUACAGAGUUAUCUUAUUUUAAGGCCCAUUUUUCGUUAUUCCAAAAAAAAAUAGCGUGUGUAACUCGUUGUAUUUGUCCAACUCGGUAAGCCUCUUUGGAUAAACGUACAACUCGUGCUGAAAAAAAAACAUCUUUUUGCAACUAGUUGCACAAACUAUCAUAUUAUUUUGAUAAUUUCUUUUUUAUUUUGAUGAGAUAAAAAGUUUUGGGCCGAUUCACGCUGCAGCAUUUUAUUUUUAUUAUUUUUAUCGAUCUUUGAAAUAGCAAAGGCGUCAAAUUCUUUGAAAGAGUUUUUCUUAAAUAAAUGAAAGAAUCUUUUUUUCGAAACUGUUUUUUUUUAUUUAUAAUAUUAAGUUCAACGCCUCCCUCUCUUACUAAUUUAAUAAUAGGAUUAUGUCGAUUGUACAUGUCACAAAGAAACGUGGCUCCGUAAAGUGUUAUACACGCCUGAGCCUACCAAAUUAACAAACUUGGAAAAAAAAGUUCAACGCCGGUCUGGAAGAAUUGAUAGAGACUAUAAAAUGAUAUUAAAAAUUAUCUCAUUUUAUAGUGUCAAUCGAUUAUUUAAGGUCAUCUUUCCCAAGGAAAGAUUUUCUCAUGCUUUGAAUCAUCUUAAUAACCGAGAAAAUAGAAUCAAAAAACCUCAGUAAAAUUGGCCUGACGUUAAUUAAAAAUUGGCCGAAUGUCUCUCCAAAACUAUAUUGCAGCAUUUUAUAUUUUAAUUUUUAUAUUUCAAAAAUAAUUAGAGGUGUCAAAAUUAUUUCUGUCAAAGGUUCUUUUAAAAAGUUGCCCUUAAAUAAGUUAAUAAAUUGAUGCCUCACAAUCAAAAUUGUUGACGGAAAAGGUCAUUUGCCUUUCAAAGCUAAGAUUUUGAAGCAAAGCUUUCAAAGUCUAAGAUUUUGAAGAAAUAAAGGUCUGAUAUUUUGACCGACAACAAAAGUUGUCCAAGUCUCAGUCCAAUAUUCCGUGGAGCUUCGAAGGCAUUUCUUGAAGAAAAUUAGAAUAAUUGUGAAAAUUCGAAGAACUUUUUGUGAAGUUCAGAAGAAUUUGACAUGCCAUCAGAAGAAUUUCUCGUGGAAAAUCAGAGAAAAUUUCUUGUAAAUUCAGGAUAAACUGUCGUGGACAUUCAUGAGUAACUUCACGUGGAACAUUAGCAGACAUUUUUAUGUAAUUCCAGUAGAAAUUUCAAUGGAAUUAUAAAAGAAUUUAACGCGCAUUGAAAUCAAGAAUAAUUUCCCGAGAAAGUUCAGAGUUGGCCAUUAAAAAAGUUUAAAGUGAAUCAGAUGUGCUGAAGGCCAAAAGUUGACAUUUUAGCUGUCAAAAACGCGAGGUGAGAGGAGGGCGACCAUGAGGGCACUCAUUUUUAGACUCUGUCGUGAUUGUCCUUAAUGUGAAAAUUUGAAAUAAAUUAAGAAAAAAAAUACCGUGGUCAGAUCAGAGCUAAAUAUAUUUUAUUCUAAUUUAUUAGAUUUAAAGUCAUGGCUUGCUGGGGUUUGCAGUCAAUCAAUCCUCCUCGAUGGAAGAAAAACAGCUGCCUCGCGGAAUCACUUCCAUGUUUGGUUUUCAAACAGCGAGAUUUUGCAUUCUUGAUAUAGACCUAAAAUCAGGAGGGUUGUGUACAAGACACUAUCACAAGGUAACCGUUGGACAACGUAAGGCAAACGGUGCGAUUGAUCUUUCUGUCCGAUUGUGUUUUGUACAUGGUCUUAAAAAGAACCGAUUUAUUUUCAAUGAUGCGCCUUCCCAACCACUAACAGCAAGAAAUUCAAUUCAAAAUCUUGUGAGGAAAUUUUACUUGACUGCUACUAAUGCCAUCAUGCGAAUUGAUUUUUGCAGCGUCUCCCUCCUACGCUUUUUAUUCUAUUACUGACGAAACUUUCUGCGAUCGCCUAGCAGAUUAUCAGUUUGGAGAAAAUUUAUUUCGGCUUAACCGUCUCUUCUAUAAAAUUGUGGUUCUGAAAAGAACCGAUAUAUUUUAAAUAAUUCAAUUUUCCGAUCACUAACAGCAAAAAAACCUUCCAUACAAAUACAUUUUUGCAACAUCUCCUUCAAACACGCGCUUGUGGCUCUGCUACUUAUUGCAGCCAACCAAAAUAAGAAUCUUGAAAGAAAAUUUUACUAGGCUGCUACUGACGCCGUCCAUGCGAAUCAUUUUUCCAGCGUUUCCUUCCGACACGCGCUUGUGAUUCUGGCUGAAGGCAACUUUCUACUGCCGCUAACAAAUUAUGAUUUGCACUUUGAACAAAACUUGUCUCGGGAACCAAUUUAUUUUCAAUGAUGCGCGUUCUCAAACACUAACAGCAACAAAACCAAAAGCAGCAUCAAUGGAGGAUGCAAUAUAGGAAAUUCUUUGGAAUGUCACAUUGCUAAAACUCUUCCGUUGAACUUGGUUUAACGAAUCAUUAUCACACAAUUACACCGCUCAUUACUUAUCUCUGGCUUGUGGUGCAUGUACAAACACCCUUUCUUUUGCGAGUGUGGCUAAUAGGGUGGUUCAAAAAAUCCACAAUGCUCAUCUGAUUCUGUAUCACGUUCUGAGUGUCCUCCGAAAAUUUGAACUCAUUUGGAUGAAAACUGAUUUAGUACAAGCAUUGAAUCGCGCACCAGGCACUGCUUUUUAUACUCAAAGAAAAGUAUGUGGUGGACCAAAAGGCUCGUAACUUACAUCGAUCUGAUGCCCGUGUUGGGGAUGUAUUUACAGGAUUAAUUGGUUCUGAAAUUUUUACUGGGUAUGACAAGAAUUGAAAUUUUCAAUAGUUUAUCGUCAAUAAUCUUGAGUUUCAAUGAAAUUAACAAAUUCCUGGAGAGUUUUCGAGUCAAUUGAUAUGUAAAUCUUCAAAAUCAAUUCAAAGAUGAGUGCGCUAUUGUCGUUUAAAAUCUUACAUGAUUUCGUGACGGUCCCCAAUUUUAGAUUUUGACACCCAGUAUCCUCGGGUAAGACGUGGAAUUUCGUACAUGGGGCACCUGUAUGUAUGAAUUGCGUUCUACCGAAUUAAGCACCCCGCGGACCUCACAUGAAUAUCGGAAGGGGCCAUCACCGAAAUUGUGGCAGAGUCAUGUGUGCCCGGUUCGGAGUCCUUAAAUGAAUGCUGUCCCUUCAGAUUUGCCGUUCAGUCCAUAAGGCAUAUGUUCUUUUGAUCUUCCGCAAUGUGUAGAUACUAGAUUCCGUCCACUGGAAAUCUCAUUUCAGUCUAACUAGACCAAUUUUUGAGUUUGAGGUCCGCUAAGAACACGGAGGUGGUAAAAGCUUGAUCCUGGUAUUCUGUCCCAGUGCAGCAGAUCGAUGGAAGUGUUUUCCGGAAUUCCGCAGUGCCAAGAAUGCAAGCAAAUGUGGAGAUCACACUGCAGAGCCACAAUCGUACUAGCUGAGUCUAACAGGAUAAGAUUGGGUUUGUCGGACGGGGUUGUGGUAGUGAUAAUAAAAAAGACUGUGUUUAACUGCUAUCGACCGCCGCAGGGCCUCGGUAUUUUCUACCCUUUUAAAUUGCUGCGAGAUGGAGCUGUUUACAUUGGUAAGGGAGGAUUUCCAGCUCCUCCCUCCAUGCCAGUGGACUCUGGCCACUGUGUGCUGAUUCCGAUCCCCAGGUAUAAGAAGAGGGAUCAUAUUAUGAUAUUAUCAUCUUCUGACGUUGCAGAAGCGAAUGCGACGGUAUAUGGAUACCUGCAUACGAUGUUGAAAUGGUAAGACGCCUGCGCAGGCAGCCUCGGCGGGUGUUGAGGGAAGAAGUCUGGAUGCUGUACGAAGGUAAUUUUAAAAUAGGUUUAAGGCUGGAGAUAGGAUGUUGACGAGCCGCCGAUGUGCUGAGUACGUCAGCUCAAUUCCAUGUAGCAGUCGACUGUCUAUCAAGGCUUGUCCUAGCCGGUACUGGGUGGCCCUGUUAUUUGCUCGGUACGGUUUGGAUGGGGUUAAUUAAGUUCAUUCUGCACCUACACACGGCUUUGGCAGCCUGGAAGUGGGAAAGGAAAGUCAUCCAAUUGAGCAAUAGAGAUUCCGCUUGGUUUCGGAUUCUUGUGUGCUUUUGUGCUCUAGACUAAACAAUCAAGAUGUUGGCAUAUACGAAGAUGAAGAUGUUCUGGGACAUCUCGCGAAAAACUCCAUUCGUAUCGACGAAGUUCAGAGUGAGUUAUCACCAGAACAAAUCCUUGUGGGGCCCCUGUCUCCUCCCGGUAUGUUCUGGAAUGUUCCCAACGAAACCCCACUCCACUAGCUGCCUAGCCAAGUACUAGAGGGGUUCGUAUGCAGUUGAACGCCUUUAAGAUGUACAAGCCCAGGAAGACGAGGACCGCAUGUUCCCCUUCCUCGAAGACGCUCUGGAUUACAUUUCCUAGGCUGGCAGAAUACCAGCUAGCUCCGUAGUUGCGCGCGAAACGAAACACAUGCUACCAGAAAACUCCCGUCCUCCUGCAGCUUCUCCAGUAGUCAACGAUAGCAAACCUCACAACCACUUUUGACACACAUGAUACGUUUAGGCAGAAAUCGUUAACAAACGUUCGACUCUUUGUACCUCAAAACAACACUCAGCGAGAGCCACAAAUUUCGCUUCGGUGCUGCUCAAUGCAACACACUUUUGUUUCCACGAAACACAGUGCAUUGGUCUUCCACCAAAUUACAGGCGAACAGAAGCAGUUCUUCUUCUAGGCAUGCGUUACCGUUACCAUCGUCGUCAGAACAUAUUCACACUGUGAGUCGUUAGAUGAGGGAUCGGACGUGUACUCCUUCCGAAACGACGCACCGUCAUCGUUGUAUCGACUGUUACCCACCUGCUUGUUUUCCACCUUCGAUGCCAUCUUGUUUCGCUUUUCAAUGGGAAUGUGAGUGAAUGCAAAGCACAUAGAAACAUGCAAUCGUCCGUAAUCCAGUUUCUUCGCAAACCAUAUCUCAAUCGGUGUCUUCUUGACCCCAUCAUGUUGGAUGGCACAACCACGGCUUCCAGAGAAAAUCACUUCUAUGCACCUCAGAUACCAGUCUUCCAAUCGAAAUCAAGUUAGACCCCAAAUCUGGAAAGUAUAACACUUCGAACAGUAUUAGGUACUUCUUGCUGCUUUCCUUCAUCGUCUUUGAAAAAAUAUGCGCCCGAACCAACACUUUCACCACAGAGAAACAGACGUCUCACUUAGAACAAAAUGCAAUCAAAAUCAUCGUCACGAAAACAUUGUCCCCCAAUGCUAAAAUCCCGGUGAGUGGCCAAGCGGCAACCAGAUGGCGGUAGUGUGCAAACGUCAAACACAAGCAAAUUCGAUGAAAGCGCCAUCGGUGGCCGAUUGACCACCUACAAAAAGUUAAAUAAACCGUUAAAAAGGUGUACGAUGGAACAUAUGUUGAGUGAGACGUCUGUUUCUUUGUGCUUUCACAAUCGUCUCAUUUCCAUCGGCUACUGUGAUGGAAAUUCACGAGCUUACCUUUAGCUGGUCAGGCCUCUAUCAAAUCGCACCAAACGCCAACGAUUUCCGAUUUUUCUGUCCAAGCCUUCGUUUAACAGAUUUAAUUGAUCACAAAUUGUAUCAGAUAUCCCUCAAUUCCAUAGCUGAUGAUAUCCUACAACAAAUGGACGUAUAAAAUGGUAUGAAAUUAUUUUCGUUUUCCUUUUACGAACAAAAUAUCGCAAGUUAGUCAAAAAGCCGCUUAGUGCGGUUUGGCCAAAGACUAAUUGUUUGGCGGAGCCCCGACCAGCUCGUCUAAAAAUGACGGUCACUGCACAUGUGUGCAGCGCCAUAGCGUUUGAUUGGCCGGCCCUCAGAGGGCGCUAAAUUCAACACGGUAUAAAAAACAGAACAAUUUUAUUGGUUACAGGGUCAAUUAAUAACAAACCGACUACAAUCAAACAGUUUUUAUUUACCUAUAUCUCAAAACAACAUGUCAAAAGGUUUGAUCUUAGUUUUAACCGCUAUUUUGGUUUCACAGAGACUUCCGGAAGCGGUAACAAGUUGGCCCCAAGUCUAAAAAUGUAUUAUUCAAUAAGUUAUUUGAAAAUUGGUGAUGCGAUUAUUUCCAUUUUUGAAAACUAUUACUUUCGCUGGCCAGUUGCUCAAAUUUCGAAGGGCUUUUUUGGUCUAAUGACAUAUACUCGUGGGCUUCAGGGCCGUGCGGUUAGCGACAUGAAUCGUCCUGGUGCAUUUGCGUGCUGUGAAGUGUGGGUUCGAUUCCCGCCGUUGUAAGCAAUUUUUUUUUGGAAAUGCUAAAAAAAUCUCCACUUGCACUGGGUGUUGUGUAAUGCAAAGCGUUCAGUAUGCAAUCUGAGCGACGAUGGUCGAAGACGGUGAUCCUGUCUUUUCUUUUUGUUAUACCAGGAUACGGGUAAGGGAUAGGAUGGUGAAGAUUUAAGAUGUAUUCCGAGUAAUGAUAAUUAUGGCCGCAUUUGACCCGUCGGCAAACCAGAAGCUUAUAUUAAUGUGAAAAGGGGAAACUGUUGAAUAUACGAUGGGCUUGCUAAAAUAACUACUUUGGUUGUCAUUUCUCAAGGCUAUAAAAGUAAUCAUCUCCUUACUUCACCACGUUUUCUAUCUGCUUCCGAUGGCGAUACCGACAACUUACAAGUUGGAUUUUAUUAACCUAACGAUUUAUUUCAGGCUUGAAUUUUUUGACUCAACAAUCACCUGAAAUUUGUAUAAAAUUUGUCACAAUUUUCGAAUCCCUCUUCUCCGUGGUGGAAUUUCAAGUACGCCAUUUCCUUCAGAGCUAGGACGUUAUGGACAGUAUGCGUUGUUAGGAUUCAUAAGUAAAGAACCUCCAGCAAAUUUUAUGAUUUCCCAGCCCAUUCUAGAUGUUUGUACAGAUUCCAUAUGAAGAUCCAAAAAUGCCAACGACUCUGCAAGAUUCUAUGAAUAUUUGGCAAAUACUGAAAUAACACAAAAUAACUUUUAGGUUGGCUUCAAAAUGUGUGAAUGUAAAAUAUUGCACAUUUUUUCCUUAGUAAAAGAGAUUCGCCUAGAAAGAUGUCGCCAAUGACGUCGGAAAUCCACGCUACGGCUCGUGACAUUGUUUCUGAAUCGAUGAUCCACACAUUGGACGAAGAUGUUUCAUACAAAGAGUACGACAUAGGGGAUAGGGGGGGUUGAAAAUGACCUAUUUUUGCGUAGACCAAUGCAAACUCUAACUUAACCUCACUUUUUUUGAUAGUUCACAGAGCUUGUUUACAAGGUGUUAGCAGAAAAAUCGAUAAGGGGAAAAUUAAAAUUCAUAUUUUUAGUUCAAAAUUGCUAUGAUCCGAAUAUUUCAGUGAUAUUCUUAGCAUUCAGCAUGAAAUCAAUCGUAACGGACAUCUACAUGCGAAUAAAAUGACGAAAUAAUUUUAUCGGAAGCUUCGCCGGAGACUAAGUCCUGGUGAAAAAGCUCUGUGAACUGUCAACCUACGUCAUCAUGCACUGGUCUAUAAUGACAUAGAAUGGAGCAUGUUGCUUCUAUGGGGGUAAUUUAAGGUCACUCCUCACGGAAUCCAAGUUUCAAAGUGCUCGCGUUUUCGGGGCACACCACUUGAUACGGAUGCGGCGCACAACUGUCAUUUUUGUUGAUUUAGCUUUGCUGAAAUAAUAAAAAUGACAGUUGUGCGUUGCUUCCGUAUCGAGUGGUGUGCCCCCGCAAGCGCGAGUGCUUUGAAGUUUGGAUUCCGUGAGGAGUGACCUUAGCUUGCCAAUGUCCUCAAGUCAGUCAGCCAUCGUGGAUUUUUGCAUGGAAUGAAAGCUUGUUUGUUUACGUUUUGCAUUGAAAAUGAGCUUUUCACCCUCGCGCUGGUUAUUCCCAUCUACUGACGAAGUCAUAUGACCUCACAAUAUAAAGAUCUUGCAAUGGACUGCUUGUCUCCAUUGGCACACAGGAUCUUCUCACCUCCAGCUUGCUUCCCUGCAUCAUUCAGCAGUUUUCACUUCACCAGCUCCAUGCUCAUGCUCGGCUCCUCGUCGGAAUGACUUUCCAAUGCUAUUGUCAGGAUAUCGAAAGAGUCGGGCAUACUCUUCAGCAUCAUUGCUAUUCAUUGUCUUUUCUCUUUCCUGGAAUUAUAUUUCUAACCAGGAAACUGUCUGGAAUUCAAUCUUAAGUAUGGACUUAUAUUGAAGUCGCGCAUCUUUUCAUAGAGCUAUGAAAUACGCUGAUUUCAUUAAUUGAAAGUAAUCCCUUACUAAGAAUUAACAUCGACAGAGCAGGCUCUGUCACAGACGAAAUACAACAAUGAAACGGAAAUAAAUCUAAUCAAUCCAAUAAAUAUGCUCAUAUCCAAAACCUUUCCAGUGAAUCGAACUCACAACAAAACUUCACAAAUUGUACAUAGAAUAACUAAUUUAUUGGAGCGAAAUCCCAAAAGUCCUGCCAACCAGCGCGCGGCACAACCAAUAAUCUCAAAUCUCACAGCGUUUAGUAGUUAUUAGGUAAAUUAUUUGACAAAUUAUAAAGAAACACAUGUAGUCCUACGUCAAAAAAAUAAACCCUUCGUCGAGUUUUGUUUUCCGCAAUCCGUCCCAGCCGCAAGUGUGCUAGAACUGCACAAACCGUAGACGCGUUUCUUAUUUUUCUAAAUUAAAAAUCACAUCCGCUCGAACUUUCUCUUUCACGAUUUUCAUCCAAAACUAGAGAUAAUUAUAACACGAAGAGAGCUACGACCACGAACAAAACCAACACGAUAACACGCGAAAUUCAUUAGCUCUUUUGAUAGGAAAAAAUAUUUAUACACCACAGAUUUGUGCGCCAUAAAAAUUCUCAAAGUUGUUGGGUGGCAAAAGCGAGUGCGUGAACGAAAAACGUCAAGUUUCAUAAAUAUAGAAUCGAAACCGUCAUUCGAAAGUUAGAAAAAUUAAAAACACACGAGCGAAGAACGAAAAAACACAAGUGCAAUUUUUAACUUUAAUUAUUUUUGUAUGUAGUCUAGUGGUAUGCUGUUGUUUAGAUUGUAAGCGUUCAACCACUUUCUAACCACGCUCCUCUUAUUUCCCCUGUAUUUACGACAAGGAAUGUGUUGAUAGAUUUACGAAAACAAGUAUUUUCCUUCCACUGUAAAUAGUGUAGCUAUUUAAGGCUAGCCCCAGCGCAAUGUUUGUAGAUAGAAUAAUUUAAAAUGGAAUCUGUGUAUUUUUAAAUUAAAAAAAGAAUAUCUGAAAAAUUACUCAGUUCGUUAAUUUGGUAAGUCACUCCUAGCUCGUAACGAUGUAAGUUUGUGUAGCGAAACAAGCAGCGAAUAGUUGAUCUUUCUUUUACUCGUACGUUUACCCCUUAAGCUAUUGAGAAUGUCAAACGUUUUCGCUUUCUAAAUAUGUACUCUUACCUUUAGAAAAAAAUGAAUUUCUUACAUAUUUGUCGGUUCUACUUACUGCCAACUGUUCAUAAAUAGGCAUCUUCACGUUUGUAAUGAAAGAUCUUAGCAAAAGAGUUUUUAUUUAUUUUCCCCCCUUCUUGAGCAGGUCUUCUAGAGUGGAAUGCGUUUGACGACAAAUGACAGUCUAUCUAUUGAUAGGAAAUAAAUGUUUACCCUAAAAAUGUUGAACAAUA